AUGAUUAUUCCAGUCAAACGUGUGAAGAAAACGUAUUUCCCAUUUACAAGAAUUCGCGCUCUGUAUUCCGAUGCCAACUCUCUGUUCCAGUACAACUCAAAAAUUACGAGGUGUUUCAGAAAUGGUGAUAUUAAAGCUGCACUCGAUGUGUUUGAUGAGAUUUCAGUCAAGAAUACCGUGACUUGGAACUGUAUGAUAUCUGGGUAUGUUAAAAAUGGGAUGAUUUCUGAUGCCCGACAAAUGUUCGAUGUAAUGCCGAGCAGAAAUGUUGUAUCUUGGACAGCUAUGUUAAACGGUUAUGCCAAGUGUGGGAGACUGGAUGAGGCCAGGAGCUUGUUUGACGUUAUGCCUGAUAAGAAUGUGGUUUGUUGGAACGCUAUGCUAUCUGGGUAUGUUCAGAACCGGCAAAUUGAAGACGCCAAGAGGUUGUUUGACCAAAUUCCGGAGAAGAAUCCAGUAUCUUGGGCGACAAUGAUCGAAGGUUGUUUCUGCAAAGGGCUUGUAGGGGAAGCAAAGAAAUUGUUCAGUUCUUGCCUUUUUGAGGAUGUCUUGAUUAACAAUGCUAUGUUAACCGGUUACGUUGAAAUCGGAGAUCUUGAAUCAUUGUGGAAGUUGUUUACUGGAAUGACUGAGCUCGAUGUGGCUUCAUGGACAAGUACCAUUCGUUGUUUCACAAGGGCUGGGAAGAUGGAGAAAGCCCAGGAAUUGUUUGAUGAAAUGCCUACAAAAGAUAUAAUCGCAUGGACUGUGCUGAUUCGAGGUUACCUACAAAAUAAUAAAAUUAAAGAAGCUCGGAAACUGUUUGAUGAAAUGCCUCGUCGAGAUACAGUUUCAUGGAACUCAAUGAUCGGUGGGUAUGUUAAAAUCGGACGCUUAGAAGAAGCUUUUGAGCUUUUCAAGAAGAUGCCAAAACAUAAUAUAGUGUCGUGGAACACGAUUCUUCAGGGAUAUGCACAGGAUCAUGAUAUGCUUAAAGCUUGGAUCUUUUUUGACAAGAUUCCUAAUAAAGAUCGAACCACUUGGAAUAUAAUGAUUUGUGGGUAUCAGAACGACAAAUCUUUGGAUUUAUAUACCCAAAUGCUUCAAAAUGGUAUCAAACCCGAUCAGGUAACAUUCACUGGAAUGAUUUCUGUUUGUGGAUCACUUGCUGUUAACUGUUGGGGGAAAGCAAUGCACUUGUGUGUCAUAAAAUAUGCUUACGAUAACGAUCCCAUAGUUUUAAGUUCAUUGAUAUCCAUGUACUCCAAAUGCGGAUUUAUGAACGACGCUAAUUUGGUUUUCGAUACAACUAGUAGAAAAGAUACAGUUUCGUGGAACGCUAUGAUUGUGGCGAACGCGUAUCAUGGCUCUGCCAUGAAGUCUUUGAAGCUAUUCUUUUCCAUGACCAAAUUUGGAUUCAAACCCGACCAUUUGACUUUUUCAGGUCUCUUAACGGGUUUCGCUCAUUCAGGUAUGGUCCAUGAGAGCUGGAAGUUCUUUAAUUCGAUGGAAAAAGACUGGAACGUAAAACCUACAGCUGAACAUUAUGCAAUCAUGAUUGAUGUUCUUGGUAGAACAGGGAUGCUAGCCGAAGCAUAUGAAUUGGUUAAACAAUUGCCAGUUGAGCUUCCGGUGUAUACAUGGGAAACUUUACUAAGUUGUUGUAGGGUCCACGAGAAUUUUGAACUCGGGGAAGUGGUGGCACGAAAGCUUUCUGGCACUCGGCCUUUGGAUGUUGGGAUGGGUGUACUGCAAUCAAAUAUAUAUGCUGCAAGAGGCAUGUGGGAAGAUGCGGCUAGCGUUAGAGCGUUGCUAGCAUGUGGCAAGGUGAAGAAAGAUUUGGCAUGUAGUUGGAUUGAAUUGAAGGGUCGGGUAUUUUGGUUUGUUUACAACGAUAGAUCGUGUAUCCAAUUGGAGGAGCUACACCGAGCAUUGAAGAGCCUGUCUGCUGCAAUGGAUAUAUAUGGUUGAGGUACAUUAUGUUUUAUUCAUAAAUGAGCAUAUGCAUAAAUUAUCAGCAGUAAUCGUAAGAUUUA